AUGGGGAACGCGGAACAGAAGGGGCAUGUGACAGUAACGGAAGAAGGGGAGCAUGUGAUAAUAACGGAGGCGGCGGACCGCGACGGGAUCUGGGCCGUCGACAGGGGAGGAAGCGGGGACGGGGACGUGGGUGUACAGGUGGAUGCUUACGUGGACGCUGACGUGGAUGACGCCGACGUGGACGCGUUCAGCGAGGACAUGCACGUGCUGUGGGAUGUUCUGGCGAUCGACGACGCAGCGCAAAGGGCGGCGCGAAUGGCGGAGCUGGGCUACGAAGUUUAUAUUGAGGAUGGACUGGAAGGCUACAGGAAGGCGGCGGUGGUCGAGGAUACGACAAACGGCACGUUUCCCGCCCCUCCGCCGGGAAACGCGCUAGAGGGGCGGCUCGCGGAAGAAGCGGCGGAGAGGCGACAGCUGGAACAACGACUCGAGUCGGCUCAGAGAGCUGUCGGCGCGCUGCUGACAGGCGCGAGUGGCGCAGCAGAGACAGGCAACGCAAAGGCAGGCGCAGCGGAGGGGAGGGCGGGGGGAGGUGUGGAAGGUGAGGGGCGCGGCGGGAUGGAGGAGGCGAGAGAAGCGGGGGCAGUGGGGGAACCGGCAGUGGCAGGGGGAGUGGGAGGGGCGGAGGGAAUGAUGGGGGUGGGGGGAACGCGAGGAGCGGAGGGCGGUGGGAUGAGGGAGAGUGAGCUGAUGAGAGAGGUGGGCGAGCUGAGGCGGGAGAACGAGGCACUGAAACAGCUGCUGCUGCUGGCGUUUCAACGGCAGGGGGCGGCUGAUCUACCCCAGAUGCUGCCACAGCUGCAAGCCCAGUCCCGCAUCCCUGCGGAAUCAGCAGCACAGAAAGCAGAAACAGCACUUGCUGCAACCAUGUGUACAGAUUCAACCACAGAUGCCAGCACUGCCGCUACCGGCAGCAGUACUGAUGCCAGCACAGGCCCUGACUGA